AUGACAAAGAAGAGGAGGAAACUCCGCAGGCCUCCGCUCUCAAUUGCGUUCUCUUCAAAGUUUAAGCGCAUGUUAGCCUCCACCUUGACGUCUACCUCCAUCUCUUCAGCGGGAUGUUCGAUUUCCGCCGCCUCCCACCCUUUCGCCGCCGCGGCCCAGUCCAACAACUCUAUUCUGGUUGAGACACAGGGAAUCCUUCCCUCUACUCCCUUGAUGUCGCUUGAGCUAAUUUUGGUCAGAUCUGGUCAUGUUCCUCAGUCACUAGCUUCAGUUGAGACUUCGGGUUCUCCCUCCUCGUCUCUUGAACAAGUAGUGGGACUUCCUCCUUCGGGUUCUUUUGUGUCUGAGAUCUCCUCCGCAGGCCCCAAUGGUAUUCCUCAAGGAAUUGCGGUUCCUAAAAGUGUAGUGGGAAUUCAUUCUCUUGGUCCCUCUGUGUCUGAGAUAUCCUCCGCAGAGCCCAUUGGUACUACUCAAGGAAUUGCGACUCAGGCUCCUACUCCUCAAACGGCGUCUUCUCCAAAGAAUACCUCGGUGGGAACUAUUGGAAAAGACACCACUGCUCCGUCGACAAGGGAAUCUCUUUGGGCGACAAAGUUUAAAGCUUCACUCCACAAUCUCCGGCAAAUGGACGCUCCUUCUUUCAGAGAGGACGGAACUCCGGUGGUGAUGGCACCUCCGUCUGUGCUCCUAAAAACAGCAGAAAUGUGGAAGGGUCACCUUGUUGCUCAGUUGCAUGGGCUUUUCCCUCCUCCCACAAAAAUCUUCAAUGAUCUAAAUCCGAUUUGGGGGAAAUUUGGCAACAUAAUCGUUCGUAUCAUUUCUGAGACAACAGCUCUCAUUUUCAUUCCUUCCACGACUACUCGCCAAUGGGUCGUUGAUAUAGGGUUCUGGCAAGCUGGUAACUGUGCUUACACGGUCUAUCCUUGGUCUCCAGAAGGUCCUAUGGAAUUGGAAGAGCUCCACUCUGCUCCGACAUGGGCGAUUCUAAAACGCGUGCCACCUCAACUAUAUUCGCUUGAGGGAAUAAGUGUGAUCGCUAGCGGCAUUGGAAAACCUCUCCAUACUGAGAAAUCAAGGCUGGAUCCUAUCAACAUUGGCUCCACCAAAGUAAAAGUGCUCAUCAACCUGCAUUUCUCUUUGCCUACAACAGUAGUGGUAAAAGACGUCCAAGGAAAUACUGCUAGAGUUGAGGUUGAAUACCCUCGGCCUCCACCUAAAUGCCUCAACUGUGGUCGCUAUGGACACCUUCUGAGUAGGUGCCCUUUACCGCUUCAGAAAAACUUCCUUCCAAGAAAGACUUACCAUCUGGUUCAAGGGUAG